AUGGAGGAAUAUAAUUGGAAAGAUACUAAUAUGGCCUUAUUCGGUUCCGAUGAAGAAAGAUCUAUCAAAAAGGAAGCUGCUAAAACUGAAGAAGCAUGGCAACAAAUAAGACCAAUUGGAAAAUCAACACUUUUGGUUUGGAGAAUAAACAAAUUUAAUCUGGAAGUCGUAAAGUCAGAAGAUAUUGGGACGUUUUAUUCUGGAGAUUCAUAUAUUGUCUUGAAUAUAGAAAAAGUUGGCGAUGAUUACAAUUAUGAUGCUCAUUUCUGGAUAGGAAAGAAAAGUACUCAAGAUGAAUAUGUAACUGCAGCUUACAAAACUGUAGAGUUGGAUACAUUUUUAGACGACAAAGCUAUUCAACAUCGUGAAGUCGAUGGAUUGGAGUCAAAACAGUUUAAAAGUUAUUUUAAAAAGUUUAGAACACUUGAAGGUGGUUAUGAUAGUGGAUUUAAUCAUACAAAACCAAAUGAAUUUAAAACAAGGCUUAUACACUUUCGAGACAUUGAUUCUUCACAUGUUGAAUUACGUGAAGUACCUUAUUCUAGAAAUUCUUUAGUUUCGGAAGAUGUUUUCAUACUGGAUUUAGGAUCAUUAGCUUAUCAAUGGAUUGGUAGUAAGUCAGGCAAAUAUGAACGAUUUAAAAGUGCAGAAUAUUUAUUGAAACUUAAAAGUGAACGUAAUGGAAGAUGUAAAAUUCAAGUAUUAGAAGAAAAUGAAAACUCGCAUGAAUUAAAAGAAUUUUUAGCCAAGCUGCCGAAUACCGAAAUUACUGCACCUUCUAAAAAUAACUGCGGAAUGAAGGCAGUUCAUCGCCUUUCAGAUGAGGAUGGGGAAAUGAAAUUAUCUUUGGUAUGUAAAGAGGUACUGCCACGAUCUGUGAUUACACAAGAUGAUGUGUACUUCAUUGACAAUGGGUCUCAUUUAUACGUCUAUAUUGGAGACCAGUGUUCAACCCAGGAAAAGCGAAAUGCUCUAUCAAAUGCUCAUGAGUAUUUAAAGGGAACUAGUCAUCCACUUGUACCAAUCAGCGUAGUUUGCGGCAGUGAGAAAUUAACACUGUUAAAAAAUAUCCUAGAAUGA